AUGGUUGAAUGGAUUUAUCUAACAAUACCUUGUCCAGUUCUUGGAUGUCCAAGAGGCGAUGAUGAUGUUGGAAAUUGGUAUCAUGCAGUAUGUGGACAAACUGCGAAAAUUUCUGAUGAUCGCAUUAAAUUUCAAGGGAUUGUUUCCUUCCUUCCAUUCUUUCCAAUAUUGGCGCCUACUCCUAUGGAUCUUAUACAUCAAGAAUAUCUUUAUAAUAAUAUUGGCCCAUUUUUCAGAGACGAUGAAUUCAAACUAGCACAAAAUGUUGACAAAUAUGAAUCUUGA